AUGCCGCUGUAUAAAGUUUGGAGCUCCACCAGGGAAGUUAAAAAGGCUGUAAUUGCUUGUUCUUUUACAGAAUUUGUUUUAAAAGGUAUGUGUCUUUAUGAUAUUUUAUAGAUAAAAACUAGUUGAACUUGCAAUGGCGAGCAUUUAAAAAAGAAACGGCAUUGCUGUUUUGAGCCGAUCAUUUGAAAUUUUAAUAUAUAAAAUAGCUUGUUAAAUUAUUGUUUUUGUAUGGUAUAUUUGUACAAGUGUAGAAUUUAAUAUUGUUUAUUGUCUUUAUUAUUUCCUCAUUUACAACAAUUACAAAAAACAAGCGAGUUUUUCAUGAGCUAUUUCAAAUUGUCAAGUCUUUGCCACUGACCUGAAUGCUAGAACUGGAUGGAGUAUUCUUUUAAAUUCAAUAUUAAAGUGUAGCCAUUUCGAAACGAGAGUAUUUUGAAAAGAAGAGGAUAUAAAUUAUAACAUAUAUCUAUUUAAUAAUACUAUUAUACUUUAAUGUUUUAAUAUUUUGAAAUAAUAGGGAUAUGCAUUUUAAUCACAUUUUUCAAUAUGCUAUAAUAUUUUUUUGUAUUUUCUAUAUUACUAUAUGUUUUCAAUAUGUUUUCAUAUAUUUGGAAAAAAUUAAAGCCUGCCAUUUGAAUAUACAAUAAAAUAGGCAAAGAAAAGCUUGGUUUUUCAAAAGAAGAGGAAGUGAACAUCUAUACAAACGAUGAUGGAACUGAAGUAGAAGAAGAUACGUUCUUAGAGUUUGGAUCGGCGACUAUAUUUAUUAUGACACGCAAAGAAGACCCUGCUGGUGACAAGGACAUUGAAUCUGCUAUCAUAAUGGAUGGUAUGUUAUUGUAUUGAUUAAAUAUUAUAUAUCAAAACAACUGGCGAUUUUCAUUAUGAAUGGUCAUACAACUUUAAAGCAACACAAAAAUAAUCCUACACUAGAAGACUGUUAUUACAAAAGUAUGUUAGUACUAGCGUACGUACAGUUAAUAUUUUGCGGAAAAAGUGGUACAAAAUAAUGUUUUACUAUUCUAUAGAUCAAUCCGGUCAAAAGGUCCUCAAAGCACCCAAACACCUAAGCGAAGAUAUUGUCAAAAAAAACUCCAUGAUUUUUGGAUUUAACAAAAAAAGUGCUAAACUGACUGCUUGGCAAGAAGCUGUCAAUAAUGCUGCAUUUCAGUUUGCCAAACACGAUCCAGACCUGCUAUAUAACAGGGCAGAGCUAAAAAUAAAAGCAGAAGCAGAGGCUCGUAAAACAUAUGUUUUCAAGAAACCAUCUGGAUCUCGUAGCAUUCACGUUCAACAAGAAAGCGGACCAAAGCCGAAAAGAUCAAAAACCUCUUCAGACGAGCGAAAAGAACAAGUUUCGUCCGUCUCUAUUCAGCUAGAACUAAUCAAAAAUCAAAUAUCCUCAAAGCAACAGUUGUGUAGCAAAGCCAGCGCAGUAAAGGACUUUGCUUUGUGCUCAAAAGUCCAAGGAGAAAUGAGAAAACUGUUCCAAGAAAAAGCUAAUCAUGAAAAGAUGCUUAAAAUGCUGCAGACCAAGGAAAGGAAGAGCACUUGGUAUCAAAAAAAGAAAUACACUACCACCUGCCGAAAGUAG